UAUGAACAUUACAAUUCUAAAAUACAUCUUCAUCCCUGCUUCGUGGGUAGCAAAAUAUCCGUCCUCAUUUUUGUUUCUCUUCUUAAAUUGUCACCAACGUCGCUUUCUUUAUCUACUGCAGAAAUUAACCAGAAUCAAUGGACAUGGAUGAUCUCAUAAUAUCUCCAUCUUCAUCUUCUUCACUUGUUUCCCCAUCCCAUGAAACUCCACUUACGCUCCAGCGAAGGCUUCAGCUGAUGCUUCAAAGCCAGCCUGACUGGUGGGCUUACGCUAUCUUUUGGCAAACAUCAACCGAUGACAAUGGCCGUAUCUUCUUGUCAUGGCGAGAUGGUCAUUUUCAGGGCACGAAAGACAAGUCACCAAAGCCAUCCACCGUCAACAACCCCAUGCAACAUCGGAGUCACUACCUCGAUGCGCCGGUGAUGGACGGCAGUGAUGCAAAUGACGCUGAGUGGUUCUAUGUGAUGUCCCUCACUCGAUCUUUCUCCGCCGGAGACGGUGUUCCUGGGAAGGCUUUCAGUACUGGUUCGUUGGUGUGGUUGACCGGUCGUCAAGAGUUGCAGUUUUAUAACUGUGAACGAGCUAAGGAAGCACAAAUGCAUGGGAUUCAGACGUUUGUGUGCAUACCAACAUGUGAUGGAGUUCUUGAGUUGGGAUCGUCUGAUCUCAUCAGAGAAAAUUGGGGUUUGGUUCAACAGGCUAAAUCUCUGUUUGGAUCGGACCAGGUUCCCAACUCACCGAUUCACUUACUCGACAUGAACAUCUCUUUUGCUGAUAUAGGCAUAAUUGCAGGUACAUCUGAUAAUGGUAAACCUCAAGAAAAUGGUAAAAGCAAGAAAGAGAUUUACGUUGACUCGGAGCAUUCCGACUCAGACUGUCGACUACGAGCCGCUCCGGCGAUAAAGAUCCCGAAGAAACGAGGGAGAAAACCAGGAGGAGUCCGAGACGUUCCGGUCAACCACGUCGAGGCCGAAAGGCAGCGACGGGAGAAGCUCAACAACCGGUUCUACGCCUUGCGAGCGGUGGUUCCGAACGUGUCAAAAAUGGACAAAGCAUCACUAUUAUCUGAUGCUGUGUUCUACAUCAAUGAGUUGAAGUCCAAGGUUGAUGAAUUGGAAACUCGGAUUCAUAAAGAUUCAUCCAAAAGGGUCAAACUAGAAGCUGUGGGUGAUAAUAACACAGACAACCAAAGCACAACAACUUCUGUUCAUCAGGCUAGGGCUAAAAAUAAUAGUAACUCUGGGAGUACCACCAGUUCUACUGUGUUUUUGUUCGAAGUUGAGGUGAAGAUUUUAGGUAAUGAUGCGAUGAUUAGGGUUCAGUCUGAGAAUGUUGAUUAUCCAGCUGCUAGGUUAAUGAAUGUGUUACGUGAUCUUGAAUUUCAAGUGCACCAUGCUAGUGUUUCCACUGUUAAUGAGGUUAUCAUGCUUCAAGAUGUGGUCGUUAGGGUUCCUGAUGGAUUAAGAACUCAAGAUGGUCUCAAAACUGCUCUUCUUCGAAGGUUACACCAAUAAUUCAGAUCUUGCUGUAUUAACAAACGAGCUAUAUCUCAAAUGAUAUAAGUUCUGGAUAGAAAACCGCUAGGUUAAUAUUAAUAAUUGCUGUAUGUUUGCAUUAUUAUCUUUGUUCUUUUAUGGUGUUUUCAAUCUUAAAUUUCUUGCUGAAUUUCGGAAAA